AUGUCAUUCCUUAGCAAGAUUCUCUGGAUCACCGUCCUAGUCAUGGCGGCUGUACUGCCGACAACGCUCGCCGCUCGCAGUGCGAGGGUUCUCCCCAUCGACCCCGAACCGCAGUCGCCUCCUCCCGAAUCACGUGUGAACAUGCCUGUCCUUGUCACCAGAUGGGAUGGACUUACUGACGAUCCAAUGCAACUUUAUCUGCGAUAUCAUCUGCGGCAUACGUAUGGGAUGGAUGCCGCACACCUCGAACCAGCGCAUUAUGAUCCCGUCACUCUGGAAGAACUGGAGCAGCAGAUCCGCGAAAGUGGAAACCAAAAACGAUUUAUCCAGCUUGGGCAAACUGCGCCCGGACGCAGUGCCAUGCGUGUUGCAUUUGCGCUUCAAAACACCUACCAGGGCCACGGCCAGAAGUACUUUGCGCUUCUGCACGUUGGCAUGGAACGUAGGGCUAUAUCUCCCUACAUUUUCUCUCUCGGCUUUGUCAAGGCUUCCGGCGUAUACGGAUUCGAAGACGCGAUCCCCGUUCCUGCGGAUCUGAGGAACGCUCGCGUGGUUACUUUACAUGGAGCCCCGCUCACCGCCAAUGAGAUGCUACGAGCCGCUUUGUUCCUUUAA